AUGCGUUGGUGUCCUGCGUUGGUCUCCUGCAUUGGUGUCCUGCGUUGGUGUCCUGCGUUGGUGUCCUGCGUUGGUCUCCUGCGCUGGUCUCCUGCGUUGGUCUCCUGCGUUGGUCUCCUGCGUUGGUGUCCUGCGUUGGUGUCCUGCGUUGGUGUCCUGCGUUGGUGUCCUGCGUUGGUGUCCUGCGUUGGUGUCCUGCGUUGGUGUCCUGCGUUGGUGUCCUGCGUUGGUGUCCUGCGUUGGUGUCCUGCGUUGGUCUCCUGCGUUGGUCUCCUGCGUUGGUCUCCUGCGUUGGUGUCCUGCGUUGGUGUCCUGCGUUGGUGUCCUGCGUUGGUGUCCUGCGUUGGUGUCCUGCGUUGGUGUCCUGCGUUGGUGUCCUGCGUUGGUGUCCUGCGUUGGUGUCCUGCGCUGGUCUCCUGCGUUGGUCUCCUGCGUUGGUCUCCUGCGUUGGUGUCCUGCGUUGGUGUCCUGCGUUGGUGUCCUGCGUUGGUGUCCUGCGUUGGUGUCCUGCGUUGGUCUCCUGCGUUGGUCUCCUGCGUUGGUCUCCUGCGUUGGUCUCCUGCGUUGGUGUCCUGCGUUGGUGUCCUGCGUUGGUGUCCUGUGUUGGUGUCCUGUGUUGGUGUCCUGUGUUGGUGUCCUGUUCUCCUUCUUCCCGGAGGAGCUGUUGAUCUUCUGACGUCUAGUUUUUCCCAGACAGCUGGAAUAUUCUAUAACCUUUCUAUUAAGGCCGCUUCUUCUGGAACAUAUUUCCCUAUCUGGGGGACGUGUAUGGGGUUCCAGGUCCUCACUGCCCUAACGAGUGGAGAAAAUUUAUUAAGUAAAACACCGGCUGACAACAUAUCACUUCCACUAAACCUGACGGAUGACAUCUCCUCCAGCAGAAUGUUUCGCCGUGCUCCCCCUGAGCUACUCCGUGUUGCCACCACAGAGAACAUAACUGCCAACUUCCACCACUUUGGUCUAACUCCAGAGGGUUUUUUUGCCAACAAGAAGCUGUCUGAGUUUUACCGGAUCCUCUCCACAAACCGGGAUAGGAAUGGAGCGCAAUUUAUCUCCACCAUUGAGGCUCGGGAUUACCCUAUCUACGGAGUGCAGUGGCAUCCAGAAGUGAAUCGCUUUCAGUGGAACAGAGGCUAUGCCUAUCCGCACUCUGAAAAUGCAGUCUGGAUAUCUCAGUAUAUGGCCAACUUCUUUGUUCAUGAAGCCAGAAAAAAUCUGAAUCACUUUCCAAAUGCUGAGGAGGAAGAAUCGGCUCUGAUAUACAACUGGUCACCGACAUACACGGGGAACAUCAGCGGCUACGAGAUGGUCUAUUUCUUCUAGUCACCG